UAACAGAAAGGCCAUCAUCACUUACCACAUAACUGGCCCUUUUCCACUGGAAAGAAGAUCUCGAUCGGAGCAAUUUGUCCGGCUCGCUUUCCUCUUCACACCGUCGACAGCGGCUUUCAUUUCCUGGACCACAUUCCAUCCACCAUCAUGGUCCGCAUCACUCUCGCUCUGUCCUUCGCCACCUCGGCCCUGGCCCUCGUCCCGGUCCCUCGCCAGGCUCUUGAUCCCAACGCUGUGGGUGGCAUGACCAUCGGUGAGGCCGGCCGCGUCUGCGGCUCCAACCUCGAGCUCAAGUGCUGCAACCAGGAGGAGUCCAGCUCUGGCGUCCAGGUCCCCGAGGACCGUGGCCUGCUCGGCAAUCUGCUCAACGGCAUCCUGGGCGAGGACGGCCUGGGUAUCUUUGACCAGUGCUCGCCUCUCUCCGUCACUGGACUCAUCGGUGGCACUGACAUUGUCAACAACCACUGCCGCCAAAAGGUUGCCUGCUGCGACUCCAACCCUGUUGUGUCUGGUGGCCUCAUCAACCUUGGUCUCCCCUGCAUUGCCAUUGGCGGUAUUAUCUAAACUUGAUUUGUCUGCGGGCGGCCGGGGAUGGCCUUUUGGUGAGAAUAUAUACGUUAAUUGGAUUAUCGUCAGAAGCUUUCUUAACUCCAAUGGACUCGUGUUAAAUCCCAACUGCUCGUGAACUUGACAGGCUACUUGCCUCCGAUCAGACUCGCGAAAUAAAUUGUACGGGUGGUACCACAACAGACAGAUCACUGCAGCUUCUUUUCUGCGGUCGAAUACUCCCUCGAGUCAUCGCCCUCUACCACCUUUUGG